GUAACGGUGGUCAUCACCACGUCGCCCACCCCCAGCGCGCCAUCAACCGAUUUGCUCUCAGCCGUGAUCGUCUCCUUCGCAAAAUAUUGCCCCUCUCUGCUGGCCUGCCCCGUAAUCGUCGUCUUCGACACUUUUGACCGCGUGUGCGAAAUACCCCGUCUUAAGAAGGGACAGGUCACGCCCGAAGGGGCUCGGGCGUACGAGUCGUACAGGGGAAAUGUGCAAGAACUCGUCCUCCGCACAUGGCGUCUGGGAGGGCGCGGCCGGCACUCUGAUCGGAAAUGGUCAUGGACAACCCGCCAAGUCGACGCCGAGUUCGGCUCACCCGGUGAACAGAAGGAGGGUAAGAACGCCGUACGAAUGACAAUCCGACGAGCCACUGGCCGAGGGGACGUGGCCUUCAUCGAACCCCACGCGAGGCUGGGUUUCGCACUUGCAGUGCGUUCCGCCUUGCGUGAAGCUCGGACGCCGUACGUGUGGGUGCAUCAGCACGACUGGACCCUCGAGCAGGCUGUCCCGCUCUCGGCCAUGGUCGGGGUGAUGCAGCGGUGCAACCCGCCUCUCCCCGACAAAGACGACGACGAAGAAGAGGACGAGGAUGGCUACGAACCGCCUCCCGUGCGGUAUAUCGCGCUCUUGUCGUCCCGCAUGCUGCGCUAUGCGGACUCGGGCCACGUGCAGAUGUUCCCUGCUCUUCGCGCCCUGACGACUUCGCUGCGGCGGAAGUUCCGAGUGGCAGCGACGGCGAUGAGAGGACUACCUCUCACGCCGCUCUUCUUCUGGCAUGAUAAACCUCAUCUUGCGGACCGGAGGCACUAUCUUGCGCGCGUCUUCUCGAGCCGGUUGGCGGUUGGGAGGGGCAUGUUCAUUGAGGACUCGGUCGGCCAUCGGGCGAGGGACCAGAUGAAGGAGGGACGAUGGGCGAGGUGGGGCUCUUGGCUGUACUAUCCUUUCGACGGGGAGAAGGUCUGCGUUAAGCACUUGCAUGGGCGGUCGUGGAAGGGGGAAGAGAAGAUGAGGGUCGAUAUUGGGCGGUGG